AUGGGAUGUCUUCAGAACGAACGCUUCUCGAGGAUACGUCACAGACAUGGUCGUCGUGAUGAUGAUGAUGAUGAUGAUGAUGAUGAUGAUGAAAAUGAGGAAUCAAAGGAAACCUCCGGAAGAGGCCUUUUCAUGGCUAGUAACGCCACACCUGAAGUGCAGUCAGUUUCGUUUUUCAAGACUCGACGAAAAAAACGAGACUUUCAUCUCCGCAAUGCCGUCUAUUCUCAGAAAUGUACUGAACUAUGA